AUGGCGUACUUCUUCUGGGAGGACGACGGUGUCUUACAGAUGUUGGACGAAUUUGAGCCCGAUUUCGUGGAACAGUUCCGUUCAUUGCCAUCCAAUGUGGAACGAGCGGACGUGUUUCGGAUUCUAGUGCUGAAAUGGUUUGGCGGUAUUUACGCAGACGUCGAUACCCAACCGCUGCGCAGACCUUCUUCCUGGAUAUCGCCAUUAGACCUUGGCCCCUGGACCGACCCAGACACAAAUUCGAGAUUCUCUUCCGACAAUCCAGUCAGCAUCGUUCUUGGCAUCGAAGCGGACUGUCCUCCCGACAAGGACGACUAUUGGCGAAUGGGGUAUUCCUACCCUGUCCAGCUCACACAGUGGGCAUUGGCAUCUGGUCCCGGGCAUCCAAUUCUUCUUCGUUUCAUGGACACCCUCCAGCGGAGGCUAAAGCACGUGGCUAACCGACAUUGGGGGGACCUCAGUGAUAUGGAGGCGACCAAGGAAUUGCGACAAAUUGGUCCUCUUUCACUUACCGGACCUGUUGCUAUUACUGUUGCAGCCAUGACCUGGCUUGAAGAACAAGUCGGCUUGAGAUGGAACACUCUAACCGGACUGUUAGAUGGCGGGCAGAGUAAGCUAGUCGACGAUGUCUUGAUACUGCCCAUCACAGGCUUCAGUCCCGGGCGGAGAAGAUACGGUAAUAUGGGAUCUAAACCCGUCACAGAUCCGUCUGCGCGUGUCUGGCAUCGAGCACAAGGCUCGUGGCGCUCCUUCGAUCCCAAAGUGGAAUUUGGGAAAUUCUGCCGCAGCUUCUUUGGAUUGUGCAAGGAUUGGUCUAAACAGCCCUCCUGA